AUGGUAUCAUGUGAAGGUGAAGGUGACGCAGAAAGUGAAAGUGAAGGCGAGGCUGAAGGUGAAUGUUGGACGGCCGCCCUAGCAUGGAACGCCUUUGGAGCCGGCAAGAUCGCAUCGCUUAUUGGCAUGGAAGGCACCCAUCUACUGGGCAACUCACUGGGCACAUUCCGGCCAAUUGCACAGCUUGGAGACCGCUAUCUAUCCUUGACGCAUACCUGCCACAGCGCGUUUGCCUCGUCCGCAAGCUCCGGGCAGCCGUUGGGCGCGGUACAUGACGACAAUGGUUCAUCAGACCUAGGCAAAGAGCUCGUUCGCGAACUCAACCGCGUUGGGAUCCUGGCAGAUCUCUCCCACACGACCGAUGAGACCACUGGCCAGUUGCCGCCAUCUACUAUCUGGAAAAAGAGACAAGACCUUCCCUCAACAAGCUGGGGAGGUGGAGGUGUGCAGGUGUACCGGCCCAAGGAUGUGAAGCACAGGGCGGAGAAGAUGUGA